GCCACGCGGGACGCUGAACAGCGGUUCCGGAAGUAGAUGGCGCGUGCCUCCGAUUCCGUUGAACUCAGUUAGACGUAGACUAGAGCGCCUCAGUCGCAAACUGUUGGAAAAAGAACGAUGGAAGAGGAUGUUUUGAGCUUGAAGGAGCGACUAGCGGAGAAAGACAGAGAGAUUGGCGCUCUGAAGGAGAAACUCGCGCUGUUGGAGAAGACGCAACCGAAAACGGACCCUCAGAUGAUGAUGGAGGUCCAACAGGAGGUGUCUGUCCUCCCCCCUCUGAAGGACAGGUCCACGUUGAGCAAUGAAGAGAUCCUCAGAUACAGCAGGCAGCUCCUGCUGCCAGAGCUCGGGGUGCAAGGGCAGCUGCAGCUCGUCCGAACCUCUGUGCUCGUGGUGGGAUGUGGGGGGCUUGGCUGCCCCCUGGCGCAGUACCUGGCUGCAGCCGGCAUUGGUCGGCUGGGGCUGCUGGACUACGAUGAGGUGGAGCUGAGCAACCUACAUAGACAGGUCCUUCAUGGUGAAGACAUGCUGGGAGUGUCAAAAGCACAGUCUGCAGCCCAGGCAGUCAGGAGGCUGAACUCCUCUGUGCAGUGUGUUCCCUAUCACCUACAGCUCACUCCUGAGAAUGCCCUACAGCUUGUUCGGCAGUAUCCUGACUUUAUGGUUUCUCUCAUGUACGACAUUGUGGCCGACUGCUCGGACAACGUGCCCACACGCUACCUGGUGAAUGAUGCCUGCGUCCUCAGUGGAAAGCCGCUGGUAUCAGCCAGUGCCUUAAGGAUAGAAGGGCAGCUCACUGUGUACAAUUACCACGGGGGCCCCUGCUACAGGUGCCUGUAUCCUGUCCCCCCACCCACAGAGACAGUCACUAACUGCUCUGAUGGAGGGGUAUUAGGUGUUGUGCCAGGAAUCAUGGGAUGCUUUCAAGCCCUGGAGGUCCUGAAGAUUGCCUCUUCUAAGACAUCCUCCUGCCACCAGCAGCUCCUGAUGUUUGACGCCCUGACAACUCGGUUCCGCUCAAUCCGACUCCGACCCAGGCAGAUGGGCUGCGCUGUGUGUGGGGACAAUCCCACUGUGACUGGCUUGCAGGACUAUGAGAAGUUCUGUGGAUCUGCCGCCACUGACAAGUGUCGAAGACUGUGCCUUCUGUCCAAAGACCAGAGGAUAUCUGUCCAGGAGUAUCAGGACAUAGUGGGGAGACAGGCUCUGCACAUCCUGCUGGAUGUUCGCCCCCUAGUGGAAGUGGACAUCUGCCAACUGCCUUUCUCACUCAACAUUCCUCUUGCAAGUCUGGAAAAUAGAAAAUCUGAACACAUCCAGCUCCUCAAAGACAAGAUAAUGGAGAUAAAGCAGCUGAUGAAUACAGAAAUGCCUGUUCCAGUGUAUGUGAUCUGUAAGAUGGGCAACGACUCUCAAAAAGCGGUCCAGGUUUUGGAGCAAAUGUCCGGCACGGAAGUGGAGAACGUAACGGCGAAGGAUGUCAUUGGAGGAUUGAUGGCCUGGGCUCAGAAGAUUGACCCUUCUUUUCCACAGUAUUGACCCUAAGGGCUCUGGUCCAUUACGUACACGGGAUCUUUGAAUGCCCUGGAAUGUGCGGUUAGCAUGAUCAGUCUCGAACCCAUCUCCCAUCUGUUAAUAUCUAGCUCCAUUCAGUUUGUUUUACUUUUAAGGUGUGUUAACACCAGCUCAAGGAACAUGAGCACUAAGCUAUACAUAAUUAGCACUUCCUUUUCGCUCCCUUUGUUUCACAAAGGGAAUACACCACAGCAACUGUCAAUAUUUUGCAUAUUUCAUAUCCAGUGACUUACAGAAAGUGUUCGUUGAUCGGCUGAAAGUGAAAACAAAAUGGGUGUGCCAGGAGAGCUUUGACAUUGUAAGGUUCACGGGGAAGUGAAACAGCAAUGGGGAAACACGUAUUCAGACAAAACACUGUGACAUAUUGUGGCAUCUUGUUUUUAUUUGUGAUGGCUACUGCAUUAGUCUCCACCUGAGACCCUUGUGAUGGGACAGUUAACAUGGCCCACUGAGGGCAUUCUAUGAUAAAACAAUGUUUGAGUAUAAAGGGGGGGGGGGGGACAGGAAAAUCAUCUUUUAUAUAAAACACAUCCACAAUGUAUAAGUAACUGCAAAGAGUGCUGGAAUAGUCAAGUUAGAGCUGAAACAAAUCACAGUUUAUAAUUAAAUUGUUCUAAAGCCAUUAAACUUUGUUUUGAUUUUUUUUUCCUUGUUUUUUUUUUAUCUAGUACUAAGUUAUUUUUCCUGUAUUGUCCUCUUUUACUAUCCAUUUAAUUUUUCUGAGGUUGUCUCUGUUACUGAGCAGUAGGAGACUCUCCUUUUUUUCCCUACUGAAGUGUAUUUCAAAGUCAACUUUGUCAUUCUGCCUAAAAGUG